AUGGCCUUCCCCACCACGCCGCUUUUCGCCACUAGUGACCGUGCCAUAUCAGCAAAAUCAUCUAUUUACGAAGUGACGCCCACGAAGCCGCUUGACCUGAAUCAACAUGAUGCAUCGUGGCUUCGAGACGGCGUAAAUCACAAUGAGGGGUACGGCUCACAACAUUCUCCACGCACUGAUCGUGACGACAGACAGCAAUUGACAAAUCUAAGACAUUCUACAGUGUCAUUUUUGAAUUCUGCAUCAGAACUGUCUUUCGAGACAGCAUACCAGUCGGAGGCUCAGGACGAUGAAGACUCAAAUCACGCUGGUACUGGCGUUGUACGCCCAGACUCAACUUUAUCAGCGCAUGACACUACCCCUAUUGUGAUCCCAAGCUCCCAAUUUGGUACGUCUACACCACACGUCGAUGCCCAUGAAUUUCAAAUAAACGGCGAGAGACAUUCUCCUGAUAGCUUUGAUUUCGUUGAAGCGGCACCCAAAGUCUCAAAUAACAGAGAGUAUCUUGGAUUAGGGCUUCCAUCACUGGAGCUUUCAUCGCAAAGACUCGCCACAAGCGGCGUUAUAGAAGGCACCAAGGUACAUCAUGAUUCGAGUACCGAUAUUGGGAUAAACGCUCAAAACACAUCAACCUCUCCAUCCAAGAUCUCUAAACGGUAUUCGUCAUCCUCAAAGACGCUAGCAAGAAAAAGCAUUUACGAAGCUCACGCCAAACAGCCUGUCGAAACUCCCACGGCCUCUGAGAAAGAACAGGAGACCGUGGUGCAGACCAGAGAGCCCAAUGAGAACAGCACAUUUAGCGAGGACUCAACUUUUUCCAACGAUGACAGCUACGUGAAUCGCUUAAAUCAAGGACACGAGAGCUCCAAAAAACUGGAAAGAAAGCAUACUUUCAAAAAAAGCUCCGAGCUCGACCUGGACGAAUCGAAUCUAGCAUAUCUCUUCAUUAUCGCAAUUCACUCUUUCAACUCACAAACGCUUAGAAACAAAGAUGAUGUGGCCAUCUGUUUAUCGUUUGAAAAGAAUGAUGUUGCCUUUGUUCACACGGUAGAUGAAUCCGGUUGGGGCGAGGUGACUCUUGUCAGCAGCCAAAAAAGAGGAUGGGUGCCAUUCAACUACUUUUCAGACAUGAUUGGGGGCCCCAAACAUUCGGGGGAUACAAGUGAUUUUGCAUUAAACUCACCACCCCCUUUAGCUAAACUUCUGUCUUCUGCCGCUAGAUUUCUUCUGCAUCCGCAGGAUCAUCCUCUGGCAAACGGCUCUGGUAUAAGCUUCAACCUCCAGUAUAUUAAUGGCAUUAGAGAUGGCGUCAAGUUUCUUCUGGAAAGUACAGGCUGUGUCUCUCGGUCUAACGAGCUCGUGAAAAACAGGGCUACGCUAAGGCGGUCAAGGAAAAUGCUUCUUGCAGACUGGUAUAACCUCAUGAUCAAGGCAGACUCCUAUAAAUAUACCACUGACGAGAAAAGAAUAGAGACUCUUACAAAUUUAACAUUUCAAGUUCUGGGACGAGGCCACGCGUUUUACUGUGUUUGGUACAUCGAGAAGCAGGCUUAUCAGAAGGAAAAGAAUUUAGGUCUGGCUCAGCCUUUACAGAGAGAACGGGCAAAUGGUGGUGAGAGUGACACUUAUGAAAGGGAAGGGCACAAGAGAUCUGUUGUCUCUAACUCAGCAGAUCUCCCUACUCUGAAGACGCCCCCCUUCGCUGUUCAGCGAUUAAAUGAGGUUCAUGAUCUGCUGUUCUCUUACAUCGCUUUGGUUCUAGGACGCAUGGAUAUGAUAGAACACAAUGCGGCCGGGUGUGAAAUACUGGAAACUAUCAUACAUCAGGUUAUCAUUUUGCUUCGCGAGCUUCUUUAUAUUAGCAAGUGUUGUUCAUCUGUGGUUCAGGCGAAAUUUCCUAAAGUGCAACGAAAUGAGACGUCUUUGGAUCAAAGUCUCGAUCCCCUUUUGUCGCUGGUAUCUGAGCUCGUGUCUUGCAUCAAAGUUUUUGUCGUGCAUUCUAUCAACGAAAACAAUGGACACAAAACUGGCUUUAUAAAAGGAAGCUUCAUCAACAGUGAAGAGUAUGUUUAUACGGACAGUGGAAGGCAGUUGAUGGUAAUCGUUGCUAAAAUGACGGGAUUUAUCGGUGUCGCUAUUCAAGGGUGUCAUCAUUACCUGAAUGUUGCUGGAAACUUUCAAUUGGUGAGCGAGCGGUCAUAUCCUGACUUUGAACUGAUCAAAAUCACUUCAGAUCAGUUCAUAAGACGCUGUUCGAUCGGACUGGCAAAAGCAAUGUCUCAGAAAAGACGAGAUGUGCAUACAAAAUUCGACUAUAGUGAAAAGAACAGUCAGAGACAUCCCUACUCCAAAAAAUUAUAUCGUUACUCAAUGGUUCGGGGAGGUGGAAAUGGCAUCACUUUUUCGGGAACACAUUUGCUCCAGCAUGUUAUACCCGACAACGUUCCUUUUAUUGAUGACAAGUCUUUUGACAAAUUCAAGCUCUCGGAGAGUGAUCUAGAUUCUGCCGCUGAGCGAGACGCUAUCAACGACAGAGAUAAAAUACGAGAUGAAUUGGUUUUCGACAAGGAAGAUAGGCUGAUAGGCGCAUCACAUCGUGCUCUUGUUUUUGUCCUGACAGAUGAGCUCAAUCGUCCUAGUGAUUUUUUGACAGCGACAUACUUACUUAAUUACCGCUCGUUCUCUAGCCCAUUGGAUUUUAUCGCAGAGCUCAUCACAAGAUUUGAUAUACCGGACAAAUCGUCCACCUAUGAGCGAGACGUCACAAAUGGCCAGUACUCUUCCAGAUCUUCAAGGCUCAAAAACAGACGGCGUAUGGUCUGCCACAUUUUCCAAACCUGGAUGGAAAGCUAUUGGAAUUAUCAAAGGGACUUUAGUCACUUGACAACAAUGAUCAACUUCUUUAAUGAAGGAGUUGCUAUCCAUUUACCGUUAGAAGCGCGAAACUUGAUAGAGGUAGCUGCGAAACUCGUUUUAAGGUCGACAGUUGUUCGACAGUCAGCUACACAAGUGGUUCGUCAAUUAUCCCCCAGAGACAUAGUCAUUCCGAGUAGGAAUUCCAUUAUAUCAUUGGAGUCUACAACAUCCAGUAAGAGGUCGACCAUAAUCUCUGUUGACGAACAUGUGUUGGAGGACUAUGAACUUACCAAACUGCCAUCAGCUAGGACAAGCUCCAUUUCGAUACCACUUCCAAUGCUAAACGUUGGAACUUCAUCUCUUUUGGGCCGUAAGCAAAUUAUUGAGAUGGAACGACUUACAAAAAACUACCGUUCGAUAUUAUACCCAUCCGGUUCGGACUUUGAUAGCAAUGGAUCGGGGGGUGAAGUUGGGCUUGAUACCUGGCUCUCUGAAUGGUCUACCCUCGUUCAAAACUCAUUCUCUCAAACUUCACCGGUUAACUUAGUUCACAAUGAUUUAAAUCUUGUUGAGCUGAAUCCUUUGGAGGUUGCGAAACAGUUCUCACUCAUCGAAUCGGCCAUGUUCGUUGCAGUGAAUCCGGGGGAAUUGUUGAACCAAAAUCCUGCUGUGAGGAAAAAAAACUCAUCGGCCUGUCCAGAUAUUGAACUCAUAAUUGACUUUUCUAACCUUCUGUCCAACUAUGUUAUAGAGUCUAUUGUAGCACCGAAGCUUGCUUUGAAGGCGCGUGUCAACAGGUUGACCGCUUGGCUUAGCGUUGCACUUUCAUCGCUUUAUUUCAGAAAUUUCAAUUCUGUCGCUACAAUUAUGACGGCCCUCCAAAGCCAUAUACUCGCAAGGUUGACAUCGAUUUGGGACUCUCUCAGCGAUAAGCAUGCUGAACUAUUUCGUUAUCUGUCGAAAAUAAUUCACCCAAGCAAAAAUUACAAUGUCUAUCGGGCUAAACUACAGAAAUUAGCCACAGGAUUUGUGCCUUCUGACAACUUGUCAGCGAAAUGCCACGUUCCAUUAGUUCCUUUCUUUGCCCUUUUUCUACAAGAUUUGACAUCUAUACAAGAAGGAUUGCAUGAUUUUCGAGAUCCCUCUUCAUUUCGGCCUAAUAGGUUAAUAAACGUGGAAAAAUUCACCAAAGUUACAAAGACGUUAUCACUCCUUCAGUUUUUCCAAGUGAGCUACGACACUAAUGACAGGCCAAACAUUCUGGGCAGCGGAAGAGAAUCUUUCUUCAAUCUGAACAGUAAUUCAGAUAUCGAUACCACCAGAAUAAAGCCCGUCGCGUUGCUGCAGAAAUUCAUUCUUUAUGAACUAUGGCGUGUAAAUUUGCUCUAUUCUGAUGACAGUGAUAGAGGCUACAAGCUCAGUUUGACAUUAGCACCACGCAAUGAGCCCUAA